AACAAAUAUAAUUGGCCUACUGCAUUAGAGAAAACGUAAUACAGAGAUAUGGGAAGCUCAGAAAGUCGUUGUUGCACAGAAACUCCCCAAAAAACCAACAAAUAUGAGAAGAAGUCCGGAGCAGAUUUUUCACUUGCAUCUGAUUCUCUCAUGCAGCAGACGAGAGUGUUGCAAGAUGACCCUCGGUCACCAUCUUUUGAUGUGGAUAGAACUCCAAUAGAAGUUCCAGUCACUUCUGCAAACAAAGGAUGCUUGAGAAAUAGGCAUGCAGUAUCAAAUUCACAGAAUAAUCAGAUAACGGACAUUGCGCCUCAAGCUGCAGACUGCAGAACACCGUUAUCAACUAAACACUGCAGCAAAGCACCAGAAAAAUUCUCAUACACAUCUCUUGUGAAUCCGAAUCACCCAGCGAUCUUGGAUCCUAGGUCACCUUCACAAGGUAUUGUAAGAACUCCACUAUUCCAACAAGAUGCAUUCAAUGAAGAAAAUAUUCCAGAAAACAAGAGUUCGACUCUCAUUUGUGAUACACCAAAGAAGCUCGAGGGGCUCCAUAACGUAGGCUAUACCUCAGAUUCUGAAGCUGAUCCACGAUCUCCAACACAAGAACUUGUUAGAACUCCUGUAGCCAAAAUGGAUAAGCCAGAAUAUCAAACUGAUGUAGUGACUUCCAGAAAUCUUCACGAUCCUAGAUCACCCACAACAGAUGUUUCAAGGACACCAUUGGGAGCAUUGUUUUCAGGCCAUCGGGAAUUACGUCGAACAGUCUUGAUGACGAAUGCUCUUAUGGCAAAACCAUUGCAUAAAAAGGUUACAGUCGUGGAAAAACCUUCAUCACAAGUUGAUACAACAUCCAAACCAGAAGAAAAUGUUAACACUGACCAAGAAGCGUCUGAAAUUGAUGAUGAAAUUCCAGCCAUUCUUUGUUGUGAUUUCGACCUAUUGAAUGAUUCUUGUUCAUCAAGUAUGGUUGCCAGUAUUGGAAGUGAAGUUGAUUGCAUUUCGUUUGAUGAAAGUAGUGAAGCCUCACUAACAGGAGAUGAUCUGGAUGAUGAUAACAUAGUUGAAUCUUUGCUUCAAAAUAUGAUUAAUAUUAAUGUUGAACCUCACAAUCAUUGUCUUGUAAAUGAUCAUGAGUUUGUUUCUGCAUCAACUAGUGUUGUUUCGGAAAAAUAUGAGUACUGCAAUCAUGGCGCGGGUGCACCGAAUACAAGGUCAGUCAAUGAAGAACAGGCCAGUGAAGAAAUACCAUUGCUCAAUCAGGACUCUGAAAAAUCUUGUUCCAUUGCAAUGGAAGCAGCAAUGAUAGUAAAACAACAUGACAACACAUCUAAUAGUAUUGUUGAUAAACCACAAGUAGAAAAUAAGGAUGGAGACUCUCUGCAAUCUACUAAUACAAAUACACAGGCAAUCAAUGAAGUCAGCAGAUCAAUGUUGAAUGAGGACAAAAAUGUAUCUACUACUAAUGGUCCAACCACAGAAGCAGAUGGAAGUACAUAUGAACAAGUCAAUAAUGUGCCUAAUUAUGCAGAACCAACCAUGGAACCAGUAGUAUCUGAUCUAGUCUCCAUGGCCAUUAAAGAAGGCGACCGUGAUUCAAAGGCAGCCAAAAAUGCAACCAUUGACUUCCAGUUUGCACAUAAUGAAUAUUCAUCAACUAAUGAAACACUCGAUAAGAAAAUGUCUGACUGUAUAAAGGGUAUUGAUGUGAAUGAUGAUGAGUCUUCUUCUAACAAAGUUUAUGAAAAACCUGCAUCUGUUACGAUUGGGUCAGAGAACCUUGUUGAUAAUAUGAAGGAUACAGAUUGCAAUGAAUCUGGAAUCUCCAAAACUCAGCCACUUGAAUCUGAAAUUCCUCUUUGUAAUGUUGAAGAAAACCAAACUGAAAAACUUUUGUGCCUUCUACCAGAAAUGGUAGAAAGUAAACCGCAGGUUUCUCAAGUCACGUCGGUGAAUGAACACAAAGUUAAUUCCAAAAAUUUAACUAAUGAUAGUGAAUCUGUCACUGGUGCUGAAGAGGAAUCAGUUUCAACAAUUGGGAAAGUUUCAAUUGAUAUGGAAGUGACCGACUCAAUCACUGACCACAAAGAAGAUAACAUCACAUUUGACAAUCUGGAAAUGGCAGAACAGAAUGAAAAACCUAUCGAAAUUCAAAAUGAUUCUGAACAAAAAAGUUCAGAUUCCAAUAGAUUCGCCAUCGAACAGAAAAUCACAGCGGAGUGUUGUUUGUCUCAUACUAGCACUUCAGAAGUAUCGGAGAAGUCGAAAGAGAAGGAAAAUGCUUCCGAAGAUAAAACAGUUAUUAAAGAGAAGAAGCCUAGAAAAUUAAGACAGCCAUCCAAGAUCACAAGCAGUCGAAGAUCUGCCAGAGCUGAGUCUGAGGACACACCUUCCCACAUCACGCUCAGUUUUAGCACAAAAAUGCGACAAUUAAAGGCCAGAUCAUUGUCAACUGAUGAAUCAACUCGUCAAACUGCAUUGAUAUAUAAUGCUUCGGGACGAGAAAACAAUCAAAGGAUAUUGAGGCAAAUGUCAAACUCAUUCCAGAAAACAGAAAGCAAACCAUAUACACAAUCACAAGUACGAUCGCCACUUGCAGUACUUACUAAUGAAAUGAAUUCCAUGAAAACAGAAGGAAAAUCUCAAUUUGGGUACAGUCCUGCGAAGAUGCAUACAACUACCUCGAAUAGCAGGCUUCCAAGAUACCAGGGUACACCACCCAUACAAGGAAAUAGGUCUCUUUCUGUUUCUUUCAGUGGAAGGUCAUCAGCAAAGAAAUUACAUUCUCCAGACAGAUCAAGAAGUAAUCAAAGGUCUUUUAGCUAUGGAAAAGAAAAUUGAUCAGAUUUUUUGUAAACUAACACUUUUCUGCUGGUGAUUUAAUAAGGUGCUAACAUUGGAAAACCACAAAUUUAUUUGUAUCUAUAUUUCUGCCAUAUUGAUGCAUGCUUACAGACUUAUCAUUGUAAAUUAGAAAACCCUCUGCCCUCUCAUGCCCCUAUAGAUUUUGUUUAUACUGGACAUCUUCAAUAGAGGCUCGUUAUAUAUAUAUAUAUAUAUAUAUAUAUAUAAAUUUGCAGCAUAAGGCUAUGUUUAUUGUGGAAAGAUGUAUAUACCCUGAUUGCCUUUACCAUGUACAUACUAUAGAAUGUGGGUUAUUUUUUCGUUUAACACUGCCUGUUAUCAUUUUGCUGAAGAUAUGAACAAAACAAAUUUUUGUUUGCUGCCUUUUCUCUCGAAUAAUAACCUUCGG